AUGUCUGUAUUUAUCGUAAAUAUAAACCUUAAGCGCUCAUCAGUUUUAGUGGAGGAACUUGCUACCAUGCUUUGUGCCCGAACCUCCCACAAGAUAAAAGGGAUUCCGAAGAGGGGAUUCCCAUGCCUCGUACUCAAAUGUGGCUAUGUAGAGGACCUCGCUGACGAACUUACAAUGCUCAGCCUACCACGUACACAACAACAUGUACAAUCAAAACUCGUACGCAUAUAUGGCCGUUCUGUGGAUGCCACAGUAGAACUCAGCGUAGAUUCACCUAAUAUAUUAGAUUCACCUGAGUUAAGGAACGGUCAUCCGUACAUCCGCCAACAGUUGCACUUACGCCAAGAACAUGUACAAUCAAAAUUCUUACGUGUAUAUGGCCGUUCUGUGGAUGCCACAGUAGAACUUAGCGUGGAUUCACCUGAGUUAAGGAACGGUCAUCCGUACAUCCGCCAACAGUUGCAUCUGACGCCCGAGAACAUCUAUGCUACCCGUUCAAACUUCCCACAAGAUAAAGGAAGAUGGUCUCUUCAACAUUCUUUAACGGAUCGUCUGUCAUCUCUUGCCAUCACUCUCACUGAUAGGAUAGCAGCCAUGACGAACUUACAAUGCUCAACCUACCACCGAACGGCCAUCCGUGCAAUACUGGCGCACUUGGACGAGAUAAACCUUGUGUUCACCACUGGACGAGCUACUCGCAAGAAUUGCUCGUCCGCAAAACGAAUUCGUCCUUUAUCGAAAGGACAUACAGACGGAUUGUCCGCAUAUAAGUCAAAGACAACAGACGAACUACGAAUUCUCGACGACAUUGAAGAAUUCCUGGAAUUGCGGACGCGAGGUGGAGAGACGAUUCUGAACCGAGAAUGGAAGCAUAGCAGAAUUAAAGCCGGCCUGGUUGACAAGAAGGCAGGAUUUCUUAAUAGCAAGGAAUAUAGGACAAGCAUUUCUCAUGACUCUGGAGAACUUAUAAAACACCCUGAUUUCUACUGGUUAUUAAUAUGCCGUAACUUAGUUAAGCAAUAUCGACCUCACUCUGGGACCGAAGUGAUGUUUGAAUAG